UGUGUUCUGCCACUACGACGCCACUUAGAAGUCAGAAGCCAGUACAACGCGUUCAUAAGAUACCUACGCAGGUUACCGUCAAUGGUACCGCCAAAGCAUUCUAUCGAUUAUAGUAGAAGCACCCGGUCGGUGUGCAAGGGCCCCGCUCCUUGUAGUGGCUCCCCAAUUCCAGUCGGAGGAUUGAGAUAUGGGCAACUUGUUCCAGGAGAAUAUGGUGAAACAGUCGCCUGGCGUCACUGGGGAUGUGUCACUCCAGAUAUCUUGAGAAGCCUUGCAGUAGUGGACCAAAGCACAAUCAUCGGCUUUGGCAGCAUUCGUCCGGAGGAUCAGACCAAGGUCCGGCGAGCGAUUGCGAACCAACGAGUGGAUCCAGCGGACGUUCCCCUGACUGCCAAAGUAACUACCUCUGCUGCUGCUCAUGCUACACCUUCCACCUCCCAGGCACCUGCUCGCAGUCAGAAAAAGCGCAAAGCUACAUUUGAGCAGGCAGCGCCGACAAACUCUCAGCUAAGCUCUGUAAAGCCGGUUAUACGGGCCACUUGCAGUCCCAUCGUGUACGAUGUUGACGAGGAUGAUGACGAGGAUGAGGUCAUCUUGAUUGAAUCUGACCCUGUAGAUGUCUUGUAUUGCACCUUGAGUUCCAGUAUUGUCGGUGUCCAAUAUUACAAAGGUCUCGUUGGUGCUGGCGAGGAAGUCACGCUAAUUAGAGAGCCGCAAAAUAAAUACGACAGGAAUGCCAUUGAGGUCCGGAAUAUUGGGGGUAAUAAGGUCGGGCAUGUACCCAAGCAGACGGCUGCGAAGCUUGCCCCUCUUUUGGAUCGUGGCGCGAUUACUGUUGAAGGUGUGAUGCACGAAGGAAACUUGUCUGGAUUUAGCUACUCACUCUCCAUGACACUGAAGAUUUAUGGACCAUCUGACAAGAGGGACCAGCUUGAGCCCCAGUUAAUUUGGGCUACUCCUCGUCAGCGCGGGUUUCCGCCUCGGGGAGUAGGAGGCGCGACUAAACAAGUAUCAUCUACUGCAUAUGCAGUCGCAGCUGGGCCUUCGGCAGCAAGUUCAUCGUCCACAUCUCAGCCGUCGUCAAGCCAAAGGCACGGAGCCAAAGCAACGCAAUCAAAGUCCCAGCAGGAGGCUAUUAAAAAGCAGCAAGAGGCCGUUAGAAAACAUCAAGAAGCUCUGCAGAAUGCAGCUGAGCUGAAACAGAUGUUGGGCGGUCUAGAGAAAGUAGACGAUGAGGGAAGACGUGCCUCUCUCCUGGAUGCGUUAUGUUCUGUCGACGAUAUUCUCAAUCUUCCGGUCCAUCCCGCUCCCCCUGGCAUCGCCAAUGGUGAUCUGGUUGUUGAUUUGCUCAGGCACCAGAGCCAAGCGCUGCAGUGGUGUAUUGAUCAUGAAUACCCGUCUUUACCAGCUAAGGAGUCCGACAGGCCGGUUCAAUUUUGGCAGUACAGAAAAAUUGGCUCGGAGCCCCACUACUUCAACAUCGCAACGAAAACUCCUCAAGAGAUAUCAUCACCUCCUCUGCUCGGCCGUGGCGCCAUCCUAGCAGAUAGCAUGGGGCUGGGGAAAACGCUUUCCAUGCUAGCUCUCAUUCUUGCAACUCAGAAGGACGUUCCCACUGAUCAUUCGAAGAGCACACUUAUUGUUGCUCCACUUUCGGUCAUAUCCAACUGGGAGAAACAGAUUGAAGAACAUUGCGUCAGAGGUGCAAUCUCAUGUUGCACCUAUUAUGGUGCAACACGCGACAUGACACCUCAACAACUCUCGCAGUAUGAUGUUGUCAUCACUACAUACCAGACGGUCACUGGAGAAUCCGACGUUUCUGCAACUGCCGUUGGUCAUGGACCAUCUAAGAAGAAAAAGAAGGUUGAAAGGGCGCUGUUCGACGUGAAGUGGAAGCGAGUCAUUCUUGACGAAGGACACACGAUUCGUAAUCCGAAGACGAAGAUGGCUAAAGCUGUUUGUAGACUCACGGCCCAACGCAGAUGGGUGUUGUCUGGCACUCCCAUCAUCAAUUCUCCAAGGGAUCUUGGGUCUAUCUUGACCUUCCUUCAGAUUUGUCGUCCACUCGACAAGGAGGACUUCUAUAAGCGCUUGCUCCUACGUCCUUUGAAAGAUGGAGAUCCCUCCGGUGCAGAGCUGCUGCGAGCUCUGAUGAGUCACGCCUGUAUUCGUCGCACAAAGGAGAUGCAAGACAAAUUUGGAAGGCCACUUGUGCCUUUACCUCCGGUCGACAUUACUGUCAUUCCAGUUCCAUUGGGAGAUGAAGCACGAGCUCUCUAUGAUGCUAUUGGUUCAAUCUCUCAGCAACGAGUGGAGAAGUUCAUGAACCAACAAGGAGGGAUGACCACUGCGUUCACGACAAACGUCCUUAGUAUGCUAACACGGCUACGACAAGUAGUUCUGCACCCAGGCCUUCUUCCUCCAAACUACUUGGAACAACUUCGUGCUACAGAGGAUAAUGAAGAAACUGCAGGUGUCGCUCUCCCGGUUACUCAGGAUCAGAGGCGCCUGCUGCAGAGUCUCCUCGCCAAAGCUAUUGAAGACAGUGAAGAGUGUCCUAUUUGCUUCGACGUCCUAAACGACCCAAGGAUCACGGCUUGUUCCCAUUCUUUCUGUUUCGCAUGCAUUUCUGAAGUGAUAGCCAGAGACCCGAAAUGUCCUAUGGAUCGUCGUACCAUUGGGAUGGGCGAUUUAAUAGAACCACCACCUCCCACUGAACUUACUCAACUGCCGGUCCGUUAUGAUGAGAACGAAACUCAUGAUAGCACACUGCGAUCCGGAUCGUCUGCAAAGAUUGAUCAAUUGAUCCACCUCCUCCAACUCAUCCCUAGCGACCAGAAGAGCCUUGUUUUUUCCCAGUUUACUUCAUUCCUGGAUAAGAUCGGCGAGGCCUUUGAGGAGCAUGGCAUUCCAUAUGUGCGGUUCGAUGGCCAGCUGUCAGCUAAGCGACGGAAAGAAGUCCUUGAGCAGUUCUCUAUUCCACUUGAAACUGAAGGGGAUCUGGUCGACAUCGAGACUUCCCUUCCGCCACGCAGAAGACGUACCUCGACACAAACAACUUUCGUGGAAGAGGAUGUCCUUCUGGGGGACGAUGAUUCCAGCUUCAUCGUAGAUGAUGCUGACGAUGACACUGACGACUUUCAGGAGGACAUCUCUACCAUGGCAAAGAAAGGCAAGGGAAAGUUGAAGCCCAAGAAUAAGGGUAAAGCGAAAGCAACAUACGGCCCAUCAACUAGCCAGAAAGCUAAAUUCGAUGGCUCCUCUUUUGGAAGCAAGAUUCCCAGAGUGAUGUUGAUUUCUUUGAAAGCUGGAUCACUGGGUCUGAACCUAACUGCUGCCAAUAAUGUCUUUUUGAUGGACCCCUGGUGGCAGGCAAGUUCUUCAGAGGGUAUUGAAAGUCAAGCAAUCGACAGAUGCAAUCGUAUUGGACAAAAGCGACCAGUUCACGUUUACCAGCUGAUCGCCGAGAAUACUGUCGAAUCCAAAGUCAUCGAGAUACAAGAGAGAAAGAAGCUUCUGAUUCAACAGGCAAGUGUUAAUGACCGCUUUCUAGUUAUGGCACACCUCACUAAUCGCACGUUUAGGCGUUUGCUGGAACCAAGCGUACGGAGACUCCAAGACAAAAGAAAGAAGCUAGAUUGCAAGGUACGUGUCUCGUCACUGACAACAAGACAGACUUUAGAGUAA